AUGAAUAGGAAAAGGAACGUAAACUAUAUAAAACCUGAAGACCCACACUUCUUGAAAAUUCUUAAAAAAGAAGCGGGAUAUGACAACGUUAAUCAUAAAUUUGAUAAGCUUGAAAACUCUGAAGAAGAUUUUGUUGAUGAUGAAGACAGUGAACAACCUCAAGUAGUUGUUAUCAAAAAAGGAGAUCUUACUGCAGAAGAGGCAGAUGCUGAAAAGCAGAGGUUAAAAAAGGAAGAAUCUGAAACUAAAGCUGAUUUAAGCCAAAGAGUGGUAUUUAAAGUAAAUAAAAAGGCUGAAGUUAGUGACAAAAAGAAUAAAAAAAAAUUAUCUGAGAAAGACAACAAAAAACAACUUUUAUCAUUUACAGAUGAUAAUUCAGAUUUAGAAACUAAUUUUGCAACA